GUACGCAAUUUGGAAAGACCGCCAACGAAUCUCCAAGAACUAGAAGCAACAUUGCAUCAAAUAUGGAUAUUGUAUUGACGUUGUUAUGCGCCGUUUGCGGUAUAUUAGGAGAUCGACAUUAUAUCGCUAUUUCUGUCAAUGGUAUCGACAUCAUCAAGAUAAAUGCAAUCGCACCGUUAUCAAAACAAACAAAAGCAUAUGUACCAAUCGCUGUAUCUAGCGUUUCUCAUCAAGAUGAUUCCAAGGUACAGCGUUCCGAGCGAUUGGGAGCGCAUGUCCUGGAUUAUGUUGAUUUCGGAGGACAUACCGGAUCCAAUGGAGCUUUCAGUUGGUAUGCUGAUUAUCCGAUUCAUCGUUCAUAAUUUUCUGAAAUAAUAACUUAUCGAAACAA